GGACAGAAUCAGUGCACGUUUGUGCAGGAGAGGCCCCAAGUCCCGCCCGGAGACAUCGCAUGAGGAGAAUGUGAGCGACAGUUGAGAACGCGGUAGCCGAGAUCGACGAAAGUGGGCAGAGAAACGAGAAAGACGCUGUGAGCGUUGGGGGACCGCUGAAAGUCUCGCGUCGACCAUGCGUCCCAAGUAAACCCCAUCACCUUCAUACCCUCACUCUAUCUCUCCUUCCUCUUUCUCCUUCGUCGCCGCUGCACACAGCGUGCUCGCAGCCUUUUAUGCUGCUCUCAUGAACUCUCUCACUUACCUCUCCCGCCAGUUCGAUGUCCUGGCGUCAGCGCGCACCCCUCCGUCUACCCCAGUCAACGAGUCUCUGCUCUUACCUGACCGGCGCGACGGCGAGAUCGGAACACUUAAGAGGGUGCAGACUUGGUCGACCAAGUCGUUCCUAUUACCAUUAGGAAACUCAGUACAACCGUGGUCGUUGAAGCGAUCAUAUUCUUCUCCAGCCGAGGUGUACCCUGGAGACCCUUCGUUACAACCUCCAAUACCUCCUUCAGUAUCUGCCAAUCCCGGUCCAUGGCGUUCCUCGAAACCCUCAUCAAGAAGACCAUCCGUGUCUUUCUCUGAGAAGGUUACUCGUGCAAAAUCAAGUACUGAGACCUUGCUGCGCCGCAUCUUCUUCAUCCGGGUGUUACUCUCAUUAUGGCAUUGGCUCUACAACCUCUGGCGCUCCGUAACGCGACAGAAUGUGAUGACAAGAGCUCCCGAUGUUGUCGUGGAGGAAGGCUCUGACGAGGAUGAGAAGGAUACGGAGGAUGAAAGCAAGGACGAAGAGAAGCCUAUUGCAUUGGAGGUUCACCCACCACCCCAUCCUCCGCCAUUACACCCUUCACCAACUUUCCACUUAGAUACUCAACCGUCUCCCGUUACUCGUUCAGCAUCCUCCUCUUCGGUACCUAGGUUCGACCCUCCCAUAAUUAUCGAAUCUGCCUCAACUAUAACUGUCACGACGGCAUCACGGCUUAGUGAAGCUGCUCGUACUCGAACACCAACACCCACUCUUCCGACGCACAAGACACCAUUACAUCGUCAAAAGACCCUCGUACUGGACCUUGAUGAAACUCUAAUUCACUCCACUUCACGGCCUAUGGACUCACAUCAUGGAGGCGGUCUGCUGAACACGUUUGGAUUUGGCCGGAGAAAUAAAGGCGCAGGGCAUACCGUUGAAGUCGUCUUGGGGGGUCGCAGUACGAUUUAUCACGUUUAUAAACGUCCUUUUGUCGAUUAUUUCCUCAGGAAGGUUUCGGCAUGGUACACGCUCGUUAUUUUCACGGCCUCUAUGCAAGAGUACGCCGAACCUGUCAUUGAUUGGCUAGAUGCCGGCAGAGGAAUUUUGACUCGUCGGUUUUUUCGAGAAUCGUGUACACAACUACCUAAUGGUUCAUAUACCAAGGACUUGACGGUUGUGGAACAGGAUCUAUCACUUGUAUGUCUCGUAGACAAUUCUCCAGUAUGUUAUGUCGCGAAUGAAGCCAACGGUAUCCCGAUAGAGGGCUGGACGCAUGACCCACACGACGAAGCAUUACUGGACCUACUUCCCGUGCUCGACUCCCUACGAUUUACGAGUGACGUUCGACGCGUACUAGGCAUCCGAGGUUUCUCAUGACACAAGGCGCAAGGCAAAUCAUCCUCUUCAUGCACAAUUGUCUCAAUUGCAUUCAUUCCAUUCUUCACUUGGGUUUGCAUGGACCAUAUAUUCCUUUUUGGCAUCUUCAUCCCCGUUUUGCUUUUCGUCUUUGCCUCGCUUUUUGUGUUUCCGAUUUUUCUCUCUUGUUGGUCGUUCAUUGAUAUCAAUAAUUUACACCUCAAUUGCAAUUGCGCAUUACUUAUUAUCUCCCCACGCCCCACCCAUUCAAUCAUCCUGCAUCUUAGUUGAGCUAGUUACAUACAUUCCGUACCAUCCAUAUCCCAGAUCCCAGAUCCUUCUUGCAUCAACCGCUUCCACUAAUAUUUAGCACUGUGUCAAUAUGUACUACCACUCCUCCGCAACAAAUGUCGUCGAAACCACCCUAGUAUACCCAGAUAACUUGCCAAAGAAGUCGCGUUUUCUCUUC